AUGGCUCCCUCUGCAAUCACCCCCGAGACUUCUCCUGAGCGCCGCUCCAGUCUCAAGAAAUCCAUCGUCCAGACCCGGUCUCACAGCAGCUCUGUAUCAUCAGUUGCUUCCAUCACCCUCAAUGAUGGCAAUAUGAUACCUCAGGUUGCCCUUGGUGUUUACAAGGCUCCCAAUGGCCAGGAAACUGAGGAUGCCAUUACGGCCGCUCUUGAUGCUGGAUACCGUCACAUUGAUUCUGCUGCUCGAUAUGCCAACGAGGAAGCCUGUGGCCGGGCCAUCCGCCGCUGGAUGAAGAAGACCGGUACGCCUCGUGAGGAAAUCUUUGUGUGUUCUAAGCUCUGGGACUCCGACCACGGCUAUGAAGCAACUUUCAACGCACUCUGUUCCUCUCUUGACAAGAUGGGCCUCGAGUAUUUGGAUCUAUAUCUUAUUCACUCUCCCGCUGAAGAUGAGGUGAAGCGUCUAGAGAGCUGGCGCGCCCUGGAGACAGCUCAGCGGCUAGGCAAGGUCAAGUCCAUUGGAGUUUCCAACUUUGGCGCCGCUCAUAUCGAGAACUUGCUCGAGAAUGCUCGAGUGAUCCCUGCCGUCAACCAGGUCGAGGUCCACCCAUUCUGCCAGCGCGAGGCUCUCGUCGAGCUCUGCAACAAGCAUGGUAUUAUGAUUGAAGCUUACUCUCCGCUGGCUCGGGGAAACAAGCUCGAAGACCCCGUUAUCAAUGCAAUUGCCAAGAAAUACGGCAAGACUCCCGCUCAGAUCCUCCUUAACUGGAAUGCUUCUCGCGGAAACGUGGUGCUGCCAAAGAGUUUGACUCCUUCUCGGAUCCAGAGCAACCUCGAGAGCUUUGACUUUGAACUAUCGGAGGAAGAUGUUGAAACCAUCAACACUCUUGGAGCUGAAAACUAUGUCACUGGCAGCAUGCACAAGUCCAGCGAUUAA